ACCGAGAACGGUGUACGUCGCUCCGGCCAGCGCCAGUUUCAGUGUCGUUCCGGCCACGGUCUCGUACGGUCGAGAUCGUUCACGACGAAACAUCACUCUCUCUCUCUCUCUCUCUCUCUCUCUCUCUCGCUUCUUCAGCCUUUCUUCCCGGUCUACUUUCGCCCCGUGAGACGUUGCGCUCGUCUCGGCGAGCCGAAGAUACGAUCGCUCUCGGCGUCGAACAAGUUCGUUAAAGAUGGGCUAGAUCGAGAAGCGGCUUUUAUCCGCUCAGCCGCGCGAGAUCAAAAUCGGCGGAAUAAUGUGUCGUGACAAGUAGAAAAGAGUAGUAGGAUCGGAAUUGUCGAGUGGGCAGUGUUGGGUCGAAUCUAUUUGAUCGAUAUCGCUCGAGAUAUCGUCGCGACUGUACGGCUGAUAGCACCGGUGUGGCGUUGGUGGUCCGCGGACAUUGUAAGAUGAGCCCGGCCUCCCAGGGCGCCCUGGAGGUGGAGCGUUACAUUGGCAGUUGCCUGAUCUCGUCCAACGUGCGCGCCGGACUGCACGGCAAGUCCGCGACCGUCUGCCGGAAGCAGGAACAACCAGCGACGGUACGCGGCGGCAAGGCCCGCGGUUGUUACAAUAAUGGAGGACAGGGUUAUUCCGGGCUGGCCGAUCAACAGCAGCAGUGUCAAGUGCAAUACGGCGGUCCGGGUGGCUGGACGGGCGCGCCGCUCAUAUCAAUGACGUCGAGCCCGCGCAGAUGUAAUCAGCGAUCGUCACCGUCGCUCGGCCAACAGCAGCAGCAGCAGCAGCAACAGACAACCUGCUGCGCCGAUCAACAGCAGGUACCGCCGGGCGGUCAUUUGCAUAAGAGUCCUCUGUCCAGGCUGGCAAUUCACACGCAGGGCGCGCCCCUGAUUUUAGCCGGUCGAUUCUAUAAUCGCGGCAAGGUACAUGGCAACAGCAGCAAUAAUAACAAUGGCAAUUCCAAUGGCAUCGUUAACACGCUCUGCGGCAACACCGUCGGCAAUUACGUUCAUAAUAGCGCGAAUCCGUCGAUGACAAAUAACGUGAACGGCGGGACGAGAUGCCCGGCGUCGCGAAUCGUCGCUCAAAGGCCGACGGAGACAACCAUGAAGAAGCCAUCGACGACGAUUUCCGCGAAUCCCAAGACGACGAAUUCCUCCGACUGUUCCUCCGCCGCGGGAAAGGAGAACGCCGGUUCCUCGAGUAUCGCGAACAUCGAUUCGCUCAGUAUCGCGAGCGACGAGAGUUCCGGUUCGAACAACUCGGAGAACAGCCUGCCGCGCAUAAUCAAGCCUCGCAAACGCCGAAAGAAGGAUCGCAAGCCGCCGAAUAACGUCGUCGCGAGUGGCAGUAUCGACGCGACGAAAUCGGAGGAACCGGUAACAAUGCAGCGGCAACAAUCCUCGGGUUGCGGUACCGGGUUAACCGGGGAACAGAUGGGCGUCGUCGGCGUGAAAUCGUACGCGCCAACCUGCUACGAACCGAGAAUUUACGAGGCGGUCGCGCCGCCGCAACUCAGGAAUUACCGGAGGCCACCGGUCGGUCAUCGAGAGACCAUUUACGGCGGUUGUAGAGCGCCGUCGAUGCAGACGGAGAUGGCGGACGUCAGGCAGCAGCGGUACGCGCAUCAUCGGCACCACGUGCAAGUGAAAGUGCUAGACGACAACCGUAACGUAGUCGCGGCGCCGAUGCGUGCCGCAGCGGCGCCGCCCAAGGGCUACCGGCAUCAUCAUCAUCAUCAUCAUCACGCCAACGGUAACGGCAACUGUAACAGCAGUCUGCCGCGACGUUACGUUCAUGAAUAUGCGGCCGAGUCCUGCGAGGCUGCUGUCAGGGAGGACGGUCUGGGCCCGUGUCAAUGCCGAUAUUGCGACCCGGCCGGUCUAAUCUGGGACGUCGACCGAAACGGUUACUCGCCGUUUUUGACAGCGCCGCCGCUACCGGUUCCACCGCCCUCGUCAACAUCGUCAUCGUCCUCGUCGGGUGUCGAUUAUCGUUGCGGCGGUCAUUUCGGUCAGAUACCGCUGUUUCUCACGCCACCGUGUUCGAAUCUACAGGAACGCGCGCUCGAUAGACUGUUCGACGAGCACUCUCGAUCGCAGGACGACGGUAGAGAGUGCGUUGCCGGGCCCGGCGGCGUGGUUUUGAGACGCAGCUGGAGCGAUCCGACGAGUUACUUUAGCUACGGCGAGGAGAUCGUCGCGCCGACGAGGGACGUCGGCGUCAUCGGCGAUCGUGGGGGCCAGUCCGAGAGCGGAAAACACAAACGGACUCUCUGGCGCGGUGACAGCAUCGGCAGUGCGCCGACGAUCUCAUCGACCGGCGCCAACGGUGCGGGUUCGAACGCCGUUGGAGGACCCGCCGCGUCCCCGAAAGGUCUCGAGGUCUCCACGGAGAUUAUCACCUCGCCAAACGGCCACCGCGAUCUGGAGAUCAAGUUCUAUUCAUCACCGUCCCCCGCCGAACGUCUCGCCGAGGAGGACAAGUUGUCGUCGAGCCUCGUCGAGGAGGCCGACGACGACGAGAACGGGGACGGCGACUUCAGCGAUAUAUGGAGUUACCACGAAUCGAAACUGCAGCAAGACUUCCGCACGUUGCUGCAAGCGGAGGAGUGAUGGGCCGUUUCGCCGACUUAUUAUUACUUCUCUCCAAGUGUCCACGUGCGUUCGCGGUCGCGUAAACUCUCUCGGUGAGGUGCGAAGUGAGAGCGACAAUGAAACAACAACAAUAAUAAUAACAACAACAACAAAAAACAUGGAGAAAAAAUAGAGUGCGUGGAUGUUGACGACGAAGUGUUUGGCACGUCCCGAAGCGGGUGACAAAAAAAAAAGAAGAAAAAAAGAAAAAAAUACGACGACGUUUACUUCGUCCAUCCGAUGCGCGUAAACACAGCUCGACCGACACUCGCCCGAGUCUCGCGGUGUCGCUUUUAUGUGCGGUCGAGGGUCUCGGGCCAAGUGUCUCGGCGCUGCGUCGUUUUAUGAAGCGCGAAGCCGCGAAACCUCGACGAGACGACAACAACGAUGACGACGACGACGACGACGACGACGAAAAAAAAAGAAGAAGAAGGCGACAAUGACGACUACAGAGGGGUGGCUUCUCACCGCUAACGGUGCUCGUAGUAUACGCGUGUUGCACGCAACGUUGUACGCGACGUGAUACCGGAUGGAACACCGCUUCGACGCUUCUUCUAGGUGACGUUUCGCGUAGCGAAGUGAAUUGACUCUCGGCAACGAGAGACGGUGCGUCGAACGUAGCCUUGUCACGGGCGCGUUAUAGUCUGGAGAGAUUAAAAGAAUAUAUAUUUGUGCGUGUAACGCGCGUGAUUUCAUCCAUCAUGCAUCUUAAAUCCAAUGAAUUUUUCUUGUAGUGGAUUGUAGUACAACGAUCGUCUCGAUUGUAUAAGCGACAGUCGCUCAUAUAUUUACGCAAGUGCUUUUUAUGUCUCUUAUGUUUCGCUUAUGCAAGGUUUCGCUCGGACAUCUAGAGGUGACGGAUUUUAAUUGAGUUAGUCUAUCGUGAAAAGGAUCUGUCCGCGUUUUGCCAGAAAAUAAUUACGCUUAUGUUUUACAAAAUUGUUUCAUCGCACGAUUGUAUACAUCAUGUAAUCGAUCUGUUCUGCUUCAAUUUGCGUCGAUCGAUUAAAGAGCACCGAUUAAUAAAUUCUGUCGAUUUUUAAAUGUCUAGCUACAAAAAAAAUUUGUUUAAGUAAUCCUAGUUGGCGUAAUCGCGGUUUAAUUACGUAUCGAUUCUGUGCGUGGAGUAGCCACUUUCUCUUUAUUUUCGUAACUCGUUUUCAAACAACGAUAGUUGUACUACGAUUUACGACGAGAAACGAGCAUAAAAAGGCCAGGAAACGAUGAGAAUGUAAGAAUAAAGGACAUAAGAGACGGGGAAUAAAAAAUAUAUAAACGUUUCUGAUAUUUUAUGUAUUACCAAUCAGAAUAUCGGAAUGCCUUCACCGUACCCUUCAAUAGUCGUGGGACCACUCAUAUCUUUUAUUCUUCUGCUAUAUCUGUUUUUCGAUCGAUAUUUCCCAUUCAAUGAUUUUAUCUUAUCGUAAAUUUAUUCCAUUCUAUUUCCAUGCUCUGACGUCCAAGUCUUAUAUUUCACAUUGUGUCUUGGCUGUGUAACGCGUAAUUAAAAACGUGUAGAAUACUAAACCAUCGCCGCUUUACGCGUAAUUAAGCAGCGACCAUUUUUCUUGAUGUUCAUUAAUUACAAAAAGCGACGAUUUUGUAUGUGUUCUACGCGCCAACGCGCAACAUACUUUUUAAUUAUUUGUGUCGCAAGAAGUUUAAGUAUCGUCUCGACGAAAUUUAUUUAUAAUAUACAUCUCUCGACACGCGUGCGCGCGAAACUUUAUUCAAUUAUGCUUCAUUCAUAUCGGAAUAUACGACUCGAGAGAGCGCCAGACGUCGCGCGCGAUGUCUAGAAGAAGCGUCCGGGAAAACCACCGUGCCAGCCGCGAGGGGGUUAAUCACGAGGGUUAAUCGCGAGAUGCACUUGGGCCUUGCAUCGUCUCGUCCCGCAUCAACACACUGUUGCGAAGCGGCGAUGUAUACCCGCUUUUUCUCGCCGCCACCGUUCAAGACGAGUAGCGGCGACGUGACCGUUUAAAACGUAACGUAGCAAUUAAUCGGAGGAACGAUGAACGGUCCGGUCCGGCUGCUGACCGCCGCCGAUCGUAAUCGACGUCUGCGCCUUCCACCCCGCCCUCUCUCCUCUCGCUCCCGAUAGUAGGUCGAACUGUCGGAGAGAGGAUCUUCUUCUACUUCUUCUUCUUUCUCCUUCUUCCCUUCCCGAGGGGCUUGCCUCGCGUGAAAGGAGCUACCGCCUUCGUAUUAGUAACUGCGUUUAAUCGUGCGCGCUAUCACCGUGUUUUAUCGGAUAACUCGGCACAACGGUUCAGCUCGUUGACUUGAUAACCGGGCGGCUGCCUCGCUGCGAGUUCGUAACAUUGUUUCGCGUCCCACCUCCCUUCUUCUUGCGCGCCGUUUACCGUUGCCUCUGCUAAAUAACGGCAGACGGAUCAGGUAAACUCGUUAUUGAUUUGUACAAUAUCAAUACUUGACAAGUGAGACUAUCGCUGUCGUCGUUCCGCCUUGACUUCAAACUGGAUGGGAGAGAUAUUGUCACACGUUCCGUUACAGGAUAUCUGUCUCGUUUAGAAUCGACACUCGACGACUACAAAAUUUAUAGCCUUUGCUUUGAGCACGGAAUUAAAUUGUAAUUAGUAUAGUUUUGUAUUCUCUCCUACAGUGAAGCUUAGGCAGUUAUUUGGAAUUUAAAGACUUUUAAUUUUAAAUAUAUAUAUUUUCGCGUUUCUCUUUCUACCUUUAAAUGACGUAACGCUCUGUCGAUUACGUAUAAUACUUUCAUUUAUCUGAAGAAAUCGAAACUUGCUCUUUACGAUUUCAACGUCGAUAAGAAUCUUAAAAAAAAUGACGAUAAAACCCAUCGUUUCCCUCAAUUUAUUAUUAAAUGACUUCCGUCAUUUUUUUUUUUCGGAAAAUGUUAGUAUAAUCGAUCGCAAUCUUUGCGCUUAUCGCAACGAUCGAAACAGGUCGAAGCUCUCGAGAUCGUGCGAGGGUGGAAGGUGCGGCAGAAAUUACCGCGGCAGGAUCAAUCUAUAUAGACUCGAGAUAUACUAUAUCUAUAUUAGAACGAAAGGCCAUCGCGCAGAUUUACACAGACCGUAGAAGCGAGUAAACGUAGAAGCGAGUCGGCCGGUCACACGCGCGCGCGCGCUCGCGGACGCACGCAUACACGUGCAAAGUCUAUCGCGAUCUGUGUCGUGAUAGGUCGACUCGUUCUUCUGUAAAUCUGCGCUCGAUGAUCGAGAGAACGUCGGUCGAGGAGACCGAGAUCGUGCGACGAAUCCUGCGUCAUUUUGUAUGCGAUAUACGAAGACUAUACCACCUUAUCUCCCCGCUCCCUUUCCGCGUUUCCCCACAAUAUACAAUGUCAACCAGACGAACAAAACACGCAUUACUACGCGAGCCAUCACAGCAUUAUAACACGUUAUCAUUCUCUUCACCAUACACAACAUACAUAUACGCGCGCACACACAUACGUAAAGCCAAUCAACCAUCUAUCGUUAGACCGUAAGUCUAGAAUUUAAGGCGAUCCAUUUAGAUUAUUAUCUCCGUUGUCUAUAUGUGUAUAGAAGAAAUUGCGUGAAGACGGUUCGCCUUUUGUUGUUACGAUUUCGGAGCUCGCGAUGGAAAAACGACGACGAGGCACGACCGAGAAUCUAAUUGAAUGAAUAUUUUUUAGUACGAUACGUGUCUCAUUUUGGAGAAAUGGAGCAAAGAGAAAGGAUGAAUAUAUUAUAAUAAUGAAUAAUAAAGUGACGAAAAAUUUCAGAGAAUAAAGAAGUCUGUAAAGAAGAAUUGAGAUGAUAUUAUAUUAUCUCUUUAUAAUAAAGUACACACACGAUGACUCAUAACUAUAUACAUAUAUAUAUAUAUAUAUAUAUAUAUAUUUCACACGCAUUAUGAAUGCAAACGGCAAUCGGAGGUUUGGUGUUCUAGUUUUCCAAAGUAUACACGCGGUGGAAUUACUCGUGAAUAUUUAUAGCUGCCGUUUCUCCAAAAAGAAGCGCGCGCGGAUUAAACUAGGAGGAAACCGAUGAAAUCUUGUUAGUAUUCAGUACACACUCGCAGCGCCGGGAGUACGAAGGGCAGGCCGUAAAAAUUCUCCAAUGACGACUACGACGACGUCCGUUUAGGCUGUAACGGGUGUGCGCUUUGUGCCAAGUUCGACGUAGCGAGCAUGUCCCGAGCGAGAGUGCAAAGAAUGAUAUUAGCAAUAUUUCUCUCUUACCGGCGAGUCGCACGUUGCGGCAAGUUUUAUUGCCAAGUGGCGACAGAUCAAUAUUUUCCUUGGUUCCUUGUUAAGGUAGAGUAUGCGCACGUUCGCACCGAUGCAUAAUCACGCAAUAUGUACGCGAGGAAAUCGCGCGUAAGAGAGAAAGAAAGAGAGAGAAAGAGUAAAUGUGCUUUAAUAACAUCGUCGUUGAUAUUUUUAUUCGGGAAUUCUUAUUGGUCGCGUCCGAGGGAAAAAGAUUUGUCGCUCGCAAAUGUUUGUUCGUGUUUAACCGAUUGCACGCAAUCUUUGUUCAUGCUGUAUAUCGACGUAUAUUUUCGGUUGUAUUAUAUAUCUACAAUGUUUCUGCAUGCGCUAUAUAAAUGCAUCGAAUGCAAUGUUCGGCGGAGAGUGAAACACGCUAAAGCCAAAUAUAAGUCGAGUGACAGGAGCCUGUUUUAAGAUCAAUCCACAAAACCGAUCUUUUCUUUUCUGCAUAUAAUCGGUCUUUUAUAUUAAAAGUAUUAACGUGCACUAGAUCGCGUAUUAAAUUUGAAUGAAAGGAUUAAAGAGGAAGGAAAUUGUAAUAGCGCGUAAGUUUUCAUAGCACACUUCAACUCGUUUACAAAUUGUCGCUUUUGUUACAAGCGUUUCUGCACAAAUUUCCUUCGUUCGACUUAUGAAAGUUACGGCUUCGCUUUGGUAACUUUGAUAAUUCGACAAGACUUGUAACGCACUUUUGCGCGUUGUAAUCAUAAAUAUGCAGCUUCUAUAACGCAUCCAUGGUCUUGAAUGAUGGUGCAGCGAUUGUUAUAAACAAAAAUUUGUCGUAAGGAAAAGAAAAGAUAUAUAGCGCGUUUGUUAUCAUGAUCUCUUCGUGAGAAAUGGCGAUUUUAAUUUGGAAAGAUUCAAGUGUUCUCUUGUGCGUUGGAUUGGAAUGACGUUUGCUGAUUUAACUUGUUACGAAUCAGUUUUCUGGCGACGAAAAUGACCUAAUUUACUUAUCGGUCUAAUGAUAAGAAAUUUGUGAAGACACGGUAUGCCAAUGUUGCGUAAAAAUUGACAAACAAAUGAGACAGAUAGAGAUAGAAAUAGAUAAAUGGAUAAAGAGGGAGAGAGAAAGAGAGAACGACACAUAAUUUGUUUUUUUUUGGAAAACAAUACCACCAUUGAAUAUACUUUCGAAAAGAAAUGUUUUGCUGCCGCUUGAAAGUUACAAUGUUGUGUGAAAGACGUACAAAACUUUUUUAUAUAUAUCGUUACAAAUAUUCGCGAUUUUUAUUUACUAAAUGUCUAGAGAAUAUGACGAAGAGUGACAAAUAUUGGAGAAAAUAACUACUGCAAAUAUUGAACAAACGAAAAAUAUGUGGAGAGAUUCAAAAAAGAUCGAAAAUGUGGAAAAAUUAAUAGGAUUGUGAAAUGCUUGAUAGUGAGAUAGUUCGUCGACAGAUCCUGUGAUUUUCGGAAGUUUGAAUUUCGAUAUUAUUGCAGCUUUUCCGUUUCUCGUGCAAGAGAUAGUUACAAUUCAUAUAGUUCACGAAAAAAGAAAAACUCACAUUUCAAAUCUCUAGAGAUAAUUGUGUAAGAAUUACAAAAUAGAUUCGCUGGAUCGUCGACGCAUAUUUAUUUUCACUGUUACUUAACUAAUUAUUUCUUCUGCUUCGAUGUCGUUUUUCCCGAUCGCUAGUCCAGUGAUCGCUUCAGAAAUCGUGCUUUCCGCCUGAUCUGAUCUCUGACGAAGGCAGAGGGAGAGACUCGAAAACAGCCGAAAUGGAUGGAGUUCAAUGAACGUAAUUUAAAUGAUUCUUUAUUGAUAACCUUUUCUUUCUUUCUUUGUUCUCUUUUUCAUCUCCAUGUCGGCCGUCGAUCGUUUUUGGAUUCUCUCACCCUCCUGCUUCUUCUUAUGUAUUUAUUUCACUCAUCGUCGAUUGACGUUAAUAACGUAUUGUGAUAAUGCAACGAUAUAAUACAUACAUGUAAACAUACACACACACAUACACACACAGAUACUCGGCUCCGUUUCGUCGUAAUAGACUGAUCAACCAAGCCGACCUAUCAGCGUCGCCUAUAGUGCUAUGUCGCACUAACUCGAAUCAUACUGUUUGGAGAAAUCAAUAAAAACGUCUUUAAUUUA